UACUGAUUCAACCACCUCCGUAGCUUGCUAGCCAACAUGAAUUCGAAACAUUGAAGCUCUGAAUACCGUUGUUGUGUAACUACACGAAUCCCAGUGUUUUAAACACAGCUCUGUUAACGUAUGUACUAGUUGAUUUAAACUUAAUUCGCUUCGGAGCCUAGCACCAGGGUAGUCGAUAAUGCUAGCUAGCUAACAUCCCCGACCAUGAACUCACAAAGUUAUUCCCCCCCCUGCUAUUGAAGAGGUCUGCUGGAUGGAGAAAGAAGCUCUUAGGCUGAACGUUGUCGUAAAAGAGGAAGAUUAUGAUAUUACAGUGAAAGGAGAGGAAGAAGCAUUCAGAAUGAAAAAAUAUGAAAUGGAGGCUAUCACGUUGAAAGAAGAACAGGAUGUUAAAGUGAAAGAAGAGAAAAUACCGUUUGUUGUGAAAAAGGAAGAGGGGAUAGAGGCUGUCACAGUGAAAGAGGAAGAGGAGGCUGUCACAGUGAAAGAAGAGGAGCAACCGUUUGAAGUGAAAGAGGAGGAGACUGAAGAUCCGAUUAAAACCAGAGAAAGACCAGACUCAGAGGAACCAGAGCCAGAGACAUCAGCAAGACGACACCACUGCUCCCAGUGUGGAAAUAGUUUUACCCGGUUAUUGCACGUGAAAAGACAUGAGAGGACACACACAGGAGAAAAGCCCUUCCACUGCUCCCAUUGUGGACAUAGUUUUACCAGGUUAUAUAGCCUGAAAAGACAUGAAAGGACACACACAGGAGAAAAGCCUUUCCACUGCUCCCAGUGUGGAAAGAGUUUUACCCGUUUAUGGCACUUGAACAUGCAUGAGAGAAGGCACACAGGAGAGAAGCCUCACGACUGCUCCGAUUGUGGAAAGAGUUUUACCCAAUCAUGGCACCUCAAAAUGCAUAAGAAAUUGCACACAGGAGAAAAGCCCUUCCUCUGCUCCCAUUGUGGAAAGAGUUUUGCCCAGUUAGGGAGCCAGAAAGAACAUGAAAGAAUAAACUCUGGAGAAAAGCCCUUCCAGUGCUCCCAUUGUGGAAAGAAUUUUACCUGGAUAGGGAACCUGAAAACUCAUGAGAGGACACAUACAGGAGAGAAGCCUUUCCACUGCUCCUUGUGUGAAAGAGUUUUACUCAGUUAGGGGGCCUGAUCAAACAUAAGAGAAUACACAAAGGAGAGAAGCCUUUCCACUGCUCCCUGUGUGGAAAUAGUUUUACUCAGUUAUGGACUUUAAAAACACAUCAGUGGACACACACAGAAGAAAAGCCUCACACCUGCUCCCAGUGUGGAAAGGGUUUUGUUACGUUAAGGGGCCUGAAAACGCAUGAGAGAAUACAUACAGGGGAGGAGAAGCCUUAUCAAUGCUCACAUUGUGGGAAAGGUUUCGGACGAUCAGGGUAUCUAAAAGUGCAUGAAAGAACGCACACCGAAGAGAAACCAUAUCAAUGCUCCCAGUGUGAAAAUACAUUCUUCUCACCAGGGGACCUGAAAAAACAUGA